AUGCUGUCAUCAUUGCUAUCACGACUGGCCCCACGGCAUGUGCUCUGCAGCACAACUCAACGCGUCUUCCCAACACACAACGCCCUGUACCUCUCCACCACCACCACCAUCCUCAACGCAAAUACCGGCGCCUCGCCAAUAAAUAACAAGACCAGCAAAUCACCAGAAUACUACAGGCGUAAGGUCAGGAAGCAGACGUUUUGGGACGUUCUUCGGCAGAAAAUGGAGAAAAUGGAGAAUCCGGGAAACGAGGAUCCUUACGUUAUAUCCGACUCGGAUGGUGAAGGUAUGCUGGCGCAUGCGACCAAGCUGUCGCUAGAAAAGUCACCAGGGAAGAGUUCGGGUAAGAGAAAAUCGGAGGCUAUCGUGAUCUCGGAUGAUGAGUCGGACGGACAGACAUCGAGUAGGAAGGUGGCGAAAGGAAGCAAGGCAGGGCCCGCGAGUGAAGGUGGUGGUGGCAUGUCGUCGAUGGGUAUGGAUAGAGCCCAGAUGGAACGUGAAAGGCUUGAACGCUUGGGACGGGGCUACCUGGUAUCUGCAACAGGAGGGCAGCAGAAGAGCUUUGGGGAGCGGGAGAAGCGGGAGGAUCGUAACCUAAGCUCAUCCAUCAACGGCAGCGCAGCGGCGGCAGCAGUGAAAUCUCCCCAGGGAACCGAGGCAACCAGUUCCGAUGCCAGUAGUUCCGUGGUGAAGGGCGAGGGUCCCAAAUGGACUAGACCAAACCCGAUGAAUCUUCCAUUCCCUGGGGGUGUUGUUAAGAAAACUUGGGUACUUGGCCAGCCGCGCAAUGGAGAUGAUAUCAAGUUUGAGGAGAUCUUUGACCCAAAAACCAUCUACGGCGCUGUCCUAUCUGCCUACCAGUGGGACUUUGAGUGGGUAUUCUCCAAGAUACCGCCAAAGAAGCUGCAGCGAUUUGUCAUGGUCGUGCAGGCAAAGCGCGAGGAGGACAAGGAGCAGUAUAUUUCAAUGUUCAAAGAAUUCCCGCGGGCUGAUGCUGUCUUCCCGCCUAUGGAGGAAAUCAACUCCAUGCACAGCAAGUUGCAACUUCUCUUCCACAAGCGCGCAGAUACGGGCGACGAUUGGCUGCGCAUUGUAAUCCCCACGGCGAAUCUGACAAGCUAUGACUGGGGCGAAACCGGCACCAUGGAGAAUAUGGUCUUCAUCAUUGACCUACCACGCCUGCCUACCCCAAAGAUAUCGCAUCUGCAGUUCCCCAAGGAGCUCCUUCGUUUUUGCCAAGCACAGAACAUACCGCAAGACGUUCUUGGACGUUUCUCUCAGUACGAUUUCUCGGCAACCGCCCACAUGGCUUUCAUCCACACCAUCGGUGGCGCCCAUUACGAUGAAAAUAUCCGGCUCAACACCGGAUACCCAGGCCUCGGAAAGGCAAUCAAGGAGCUUGGAUACGCCUCCCCGAAGGGCCACGAGAUUGACUUCGUCACAUCUUCCCUCGGGGCGACCCAUAGUGACUUCAUUAUGAAUAUGUACAACGCAGCCAUGGGCUGUGACGGGACCUUAGAACUUGCACGACGCCCACCGACCCCAGAACCGAAGAAGAAGAAGGGAAAAAAGAGGAAGAAGACUCCGCCGCCCCGGAGGAGUAAGUCGGCGCAGGAUUUGGAUGAAACAGCAUCCGAAGAAGAAUCUCUGGAGACCGAUGAGGAGGAGACCUCGUGGGCGCGCGUCAAAGAGCGCUUCCGUAUAUAUUUCCCCAGUCGCGAAACGGUGCGGAGGAGCUUUGGUGGCUUGAAUGGCGCAGGGACCAUCACCUUUGUUCGGGAUCAGUGGGAGGCACCGACAUACCCGCAGAGUAUUGUCAGGGACUGUGACAGUGUCAGAACGGGUCUGAUCAUGCACAGCAAGAUCAUGUUUGUGAGACCCCCAGUGCAGCUAGAGACGGCCGGUGGGAAGCUGGAUGCAUGGGCCUAUGUAGGCUCUGCCAACCUCAGUGAGAGCGCCUGGGGCAAACUGAUCCUUAACCGCGCAAUCGCCGUGCCAAAGAUCAAGAUCAAAUGCAAGAAUUGGGAAUGCGGUGUCGUAAUCCCCAUCUUUGCCCGCCCAGACCAAUCCAACGGCCAAACCCUCUCCGGCGAACCAGUCCCCGGACGCACCGAACCACUAGGCCUAGAGGUGUUCGAGAAAACCGUCCCGGUCCCCAUGGUUACGCCAGCAGAGCCACUGGGUGAUGACCGCAAACCGUGGUUCUUCGCGGAGAUUCAUGCACUCAGGAGGAAAGAUAUAAAGGAUCAGCAGAGAAUGGCGAAGAGGCAGGCGCGCGACGUGAGCUUGGAGAGAAGGGCAGGGCGUCAAAGCCGGGACCCGGAUUAUCGGCCAAAGGAGGCAUGGCCGCCGAAGGAGUGGUUUAAGAGAGGUAGGAGGUCUAUCACCCCUAGUUAG